AGAACUUUGCCGACAGCACCUUCUCCGAAGCGCCCGCCUGCCCCUGCCCGAUGACAUCCAAGCUCAAUCCGAACGCCGGCGCCUGGGUGCCAAGCUUCGUAUCGUCCGUCGACGCUAGCCCGCCACCGGCGACCGCGCAAUCCCCGGCCAAGCCCAAGAAGGCCACGACACCUUGCCAUGCGGUCAAGGCCAGCCCUCCGCGCGCGCCGCCGGCGCCGAUUCCUGCUGCAACGGCGGCGGCGCCAGGCCGAAUAAGCAUUGGCUCCAAAGUCAAGGGUCGUCUGCAUUAUACGAUUGCCGAGCUCUUGCAGUUUCGGACGCUGUGCACGGCGCUUCCGCCGGACCUCGAGCUCGGCCCUAUCCUUUCGGGUGGCGCGCCAAAGCCCGUCAAAGCGACCAAGAAGGAAAAGGGCGCGGCGAGGGCGCCCAUGCUGCACUACGACCCGUCUGCGCUCUCGUUCUUCAAGGACGGUGCUGCGAGUGCCGCCAAGCAGCCCGUCAAGCCCACCGACAACCCCGAGAAGGAAACCAAGGACGCGAUCUCUGCUAUUGAAGCCAUCUUGGCGUCACCGAGCCACGACGCGUGGCUCGGCCAAAUCCAGUCGGUUGCCGUCACGUGCACGCCGACGCUCCAAGCCGUCGUCGGUCUGUUGUUUGACCGCGCGAUCGCAGCGCCCUCGGCCAGCGAGCCGUAUGCAGCCCUCUGCGCAUCGCUCUCCGAGUCGCUGCCCGAGUUCAAGGACGGAGCCCGCACGGUCAACUUUCGUCGUGUCCUGCUCACCAAGUGCUACGAAGCACUCGUCGAAGAGCCCUCGUCGCCGCACGCGUGGCGCCGCCAAUGCAUGCUGGGCAACGUUGUCUUUGUCGGCGAGCUCUUUCGCCGACAACUGCUCACCGAGAACGUCAUGCACGUGUGCGUGGCCAUGAUGCUCGACAGCGACGAUCAGUGCAGCGACGUCGUGCCCGAGGCCAAUGUGCUAGACGCUGCGUGCCGGCUCUUGCUGCUCGUGGGCGACCUCCUCGACGGCUCGUCGCCGGCGUCCCGCCGCACGAUGGACGAGUACUUUGACGCGCUGCAGCGACUGGCAUGUCUCUCGACGCUGCCGUCCGCACUGCGACCGCUUCUCCAAGAGACGCUGGACGCACGGUCGGGCGGCUGGGUUCGGAAGCGCGUCGACGGAUGACGCACCGCCUAUUUAACGUGUGUACGACUAGGUUUUUCGAGUAAUAGACGACAGCAGCAGCUACAGAGAUCGAUGUACGCACAACGUACGAAAACGUACGGCC